GCCGGGCUUCCGAGGAAAGGAAAGUGAAAGUAAUUGGGCGGAGCGAGCAGAGCUAAAGACAAGGCCGCCCGCAGUGCCUGCAGCCUCCCUCCACCUCCGGAAACUCGAGCCGCACCCGAAGGAUCCAUCAGUGGGCAAACUUUCUUGUCAGAGCUCCUGGAAAGGACAGAGGCAGUGAAAAUCUAAUCAAGAGUGAUCUUAGGCCAGCUCUGUGGCCUAAGGAGAAGAUGGCAAGUACAGGUACCCCCAUCAGCGGCAGAAUGAUCACAGGGGACCAGAACCCAGAGGAGCAGAACCCAGAGGAGCAGUUUUUCUAUGAGUUCAUAUUCAGGCUUUUCAAAGAAAAUAAGGUGGAGAUUGCAACUGCAAUAACAAAGCCGUUUCCUUUCUUCAUGGGCCUCCGAGAUCGGGGCUUCAUCCCUGAGCAGAUGUAUGAGCAUUUUCAAGAAGCUUGUACAAAUCUGGUCCCAGUGGAUAGAGUGGUGUAUGAUGCUCUCAGUGAACUGGAGAAGAAAUUUGACAAGACAAUUCUGGAUGCCCUGUUCAGCAGAGCUAACCUGAAGGCCUAUCCUGAUUUACUUCAUGUUUGCAGAAACUUCCAAAAUGGUAAUUACAACUUUCAACAACUUUUGGGGGUUCAAGUCCACUUCAUUCACUGAUUCAUUCAUUCACUC